AAAUUAUUAGCAAAUGCUUGAAAGAGUUUUCAGUGCCAUUUCAGCGUUCGUACGUGAAACUCGUCAAAGCAAUUAAAAAACAACAAAUGACAAAAAUGUCCAAGCAUCAGCAAUUUUUAUACACUCUUCUGGCUGUUGUUAGUGUAUUAGUAUUAAGCGUUGAAGGACAAGGCGCAGGACAUGACGACCAUCUGGUAUCCUGUCCCGAGUUUACACCGCCCUCUCUGCUAAAUGUUAAGGAAUUAGAGGGUGCUUGGUACGGCGCAUCUCGUUCUCCUGCUCAUAAAUUUGCUUGUGUCGAAAUGAAAGUGGCUCUCACACAAAAUGAUACAAAGGUGAAGAUUACCACCUCUCAUGCCGCCUUAAAUAGCACUUUGAUAAAUACUGCCAAAGAAGCGGUGAUCGAUGUUCUCGAUCUCACCAAUCCCAACGGAUUUACUGUACUUUACAACUUAACAGACGAAAAGCCGACUACAUAUAAAAUUUUAGAAAUUGGUGCUGACAAAAAACACGCUCUUAUGUGCGGUUACACGAAUCCGCAAAUUCCGAAUGCGUCUUUCGGCUUAAUUAUGACCCGUGAACGUAUUGCUGAUAAAAAAUGGCUAGAAGGAGUCAAAGACGAAGCUUCUAAACAUUUCUUUAAUUUCGCUAAAGAUUCUGUGGUGGAUAUACAACAAUCAGAUAAAUGUGCAAGUUCGGCAGAGGUUGCGGUCCCCGUAUUAAGUACAAUAUUGGGUGUGGUAUACAGCUUUUUGAGAUUUAUGCAUUAAAAUUUUUUAUUAAUACGGAAAUUUCUUGAAA